AUGUCACACAGUACUUCAAACGCUCCUAGUUCCGAUACUCCUAGUUCCGACGCUACUAGUUCCGACGCUACUGGUUCCGACGCUACUAGUUCCGAUGCUACUGGUUCCGACGCUACUAGUCCACCAGAACAACAAACAAGUUUGACCGUUGAAUCAUGCAAAAACCUCCCACCGGCAAGACUUCCCGAAUAUAUAAAGACACAACAUAGUAGACUUUAUAAUAUCAUUUGGAGAGACUCGCCACCCAAAAAUGUAUUGAUGGUGAAAAAGCCAUGGGACUCAACGGUUCGAGAAGCCAUGAUUCAAUUGAUUGACCACUUACAUGCUCUGUAUCCGCUGGUUAAUGUUGUUGUCAAUGAAGAUGUAGCUGACGAGUUGGUUAAUGAAGUAACUGCUUUGAACAAAUUACUCGACAAGUCUAUUAACCAUGUCAUUUAUACAGGUAAUAAUAAAGACAUUAUUGGCAAGAUAGAUUUGAUGAUAACUUUGGGAGGAGAUGGUACAAUAUUGAGAGGAGUUUCUUUAUUUUCAAAUGUCCGAGUUCCUCCCGUUUUGUCGUUUGCCAUGGGUACUUUGGGGUUCCUCUUGCCGUUUGAUUAUAAAAACAGUAUGAAAUGCUUUAAAACCGUUUAUGAAGGCAGAUCGAAGGCAUUGUAUAGAAACCGAUUAGAGUGUCACGUUUUGCGCAACCAAGAUAAAGACAGCAGAGACGGCAGAGACAGCAAAGACGGCAAAGACAGCAGAGACAGCAGAGACGGCAAAGACAGCAAAGACAGCAAAGACAUUGCCCUCAAGAAUGAGGAGCUAGCAACCAAAAAAGACAAGAGAGAAAUGGUUCAUGCAAUGAACGAUAUAACAAUCCAUCGCGGUAGCUCUCCUAAUUUGACUUCAAUAGACAUAUAUAUUGAUGAUGAGUUUUUCACUACAACAUAUGCUGAUGGCUUAAUAUUCUCAACGCCAACAGGCUCAACUGCGUACUCGUUGUCAGCAGGUGGAUCAAUAACACACCCAGCGGUUCCUUGUAUAUUAUUAACGCCAAUAUGUCCUCGGUCAUUGUCUUUUCGUCCAUUGAUUUUGCCUAGCACAUCAGACAUAAUGAUCAAGUUAUCCGAACACAAUAGAAGUGAGACUAUAGAGUUAACUAUAGAUGGAAUAAGUCAAGAGGAUUUACGUCCGGGAGAUGAAUUACACAUCACGUCGGAGGCGGCAGCUAUACGACAUCAGCAACAGCAACAUCUAGAUGAGGAAAUGGUGAAUGGGUCUAAAUACAGUAACAAUAGAGAUGGUAUAUGGUGUGUCGCAACAAACCCAAACCAGUGGGCAAAAGAUUUGAAUAGUCUUUUAGGUUUCAAUAGUUCAUUUAGAGACCAAAGGGAUAAAAAACUGCACUUGUGA